CGACAACUAUAGUUUUCUUUAAAACGUUUAAGAUCAAUUCACAGAAACUGAUUACAAAUCGGAUGAUUUCCUUUUUUCUUACUGAAGGCCAGGUAUGGCUUCGAAUGAAAUUCCUUCUGAUUCGUCCACCGGCUGGGAUUUAAAGUUGAAAGUCAAACCAACAAAAACAAGACCGACAGACAAGCCAAAUGAAGUCCAGCCUUUAGGGGACCCGAACCACCCCAACAACUGGAUUUAACUGAAAAAGAAUCGCCGUCUCAAGAAAUGUAUCUGUCGACCAACAAUUGCAGUGUCUUCGAAAAACCACAAUGCCUAAUAAGCAUUGGGAACGAAAAUAUUCUUGAGGUUUGCGAUAAUGUCCUUGACGAGAUUUCCCGCAUAGACAAGCCGUGUGUUAUCGUGGCAAUUGCGGAGCUGUACAGAACAGGAAAAUCAUAUUUGAUGAAUCGACUUGCUGACGCACACGAAGGUUUUGCACUCGGUGACACAAUAGAGUCAACGACGAAAGGCAUCUGGGUUUGGUGUAGAGAUCAUCCCGAACAAAAGGACAUGGUCCUUAUACUUCUUGACACAGAAGUAUUAGGAGACGUUGAAAAGGGGGAUUCAAACCACGACAAUCGCAUUUUCACCCUUGCUACACUGCUUUGCAGCACCCUGGUGUACAACAUGAAAGGGGCGUUUGAUCAGGAUGCUGUUAACAAACUCACAUUUGUUUCUGAAAUGUCGAAAAACAUCAAAUAUGGCGGUCGAUGUGAUGAAGAAAACAAGAUUUUGCAAUGCAUCCUGCCUGGGUUUGUGCUCGCUUUGAGAGAUUUUUCGCUGAAACUUAUCAAAGAUGGUCGGGAGAUAUCAGAAGACCAGUAUCUUGAAAUGAGCCUGGAAAGUAAACCCGAAAGAAAUGUUUCUUUCAACAAACCCCGUGAAUGCAUCCGGCAAUUCUUUCCGAAGGAGAGAAGGAAAUGCUUCGCAUUUCCAGUUCCUGGAGACGGUGAUAUUUUGGGAAAACUCGAUAGCCUUAGGUUACAAGAUCUUUCACAGAUGUUUCAGGACGUUGCAACUAACUUCGUCUCAUAUAUCUUCAUUCAGGAGCCAAAGCGACUUGAAGCUAGCAAACCAGUCAACGGAUGUAUGUUUGCCACGCUUACCAAAACGUAUGUGGACGCCCUUAAAAGGGGAGCUGUUCCUGAUGUUGACGACACAUUUGCAAUGGUUGCUAAAACCGAAAAUGAACGAGUAAAAAAACAAUGCAUGCUCAUGUUUCACUCCAAAAUGAAUGAAAUACAGUUGCCCCUCCCGUCAGAAUCAUUGAUUAAUCAUUUCAAGGAAGUCUGCGCUUAAAUACAUGCGAACACAUGCUGUCAAGGAUGUUGCCAAUGUUGUAGAAAGGGAUGCUCAGAUGGAAAUGGAUUUGACCUGGCACCAAUUACGAGUGCAAAACUACGAGACAAAAAAGACACAUUGUGAAAACACUCUUAAAAAAUUGAUGUCGUACGGCAAUUUGCAAAGAGGAUUGGAGAACAAGAGUUAUGAAGUUAUUAUGGGACAUACGAGAUUCAAACGAGAUCUCAGCAUUCUCCGGCGUGAUUAUGAUAAAGCUCUUACGGAUUUUGAAUAUAAAGAGAUGGUCUGGAGCGCUUUUGCAAACAGUCUUGGUCAAGAAGAAAAUAAAAUUAUUGAAAAAGACAAUGAACUUUCUGAAGAGGAAAAAAUGAGGGAGAAAGAAGAAAUAGCAAGAGGAAUGAAACAAAUGAGGGAAGAACUGACCGAAGAAAAUCAAAAAGCUCUGGAUAAACAAAAGAACGAGCUCUAUGCACAAAACGAGAUGUUACGUGCAGAACGGGAAAAGCAAAACAAAGAAUACGAAGAGCAAAUAAAUGCGCUAUUUGCCAAGAUUGAGUCUCUUGAAACAAGUGCAGAAAACCAAACAAUAUUUCGUCGUCAAAUUGAAGAAUUAAAAGAGAAGAAAAGACGACAAUGGGAAGUAGCUGAUAGACAAACAUCUGAGAAAGAGCGUAGGCUUCUCUCCAAAAUUUUAGAUCAAUCCGCGGUAUUUAUUGUAAAUUAUUUUUCAAAUGGGUUCGUUGCA